GUCUGUGUGUGUGUUCCAGAGUCUGUGUGUGUGUUCCAGAGUCUGUGUGUGUGUUCCAUAGUCUGUGUGUGUGUUCCAGAGUCUGUGUGUGUGUUCCAGAGUCUGUGUGUGUGUUCCAGAGUCUGUGUGUGUGUUCCAGAGUCUGUGUGUGUGUUCCAGAGUCUGUGUGUGUGUUCCAGAGUCUGUGUGUGUGCUCUGUGUGAGAGCCCAGCUGGUAUGCCACAGGGCUUUUUCUUUCAGGAAAAGAAAGGUGACUGUACCUCGGAACAAUGAGGUUUCACUUAAUUAAGCCCAUCGGAGUCCCCCAGUGAAAGUCACUCCUAUAAUUUGUGUGAGCUAACAUUACAGAGCAUGCUUCAGUAGUGGAAUGACAUGACUCAUAGUGGUUUUUGCUGGCAGUGAUAUCCACAUUGGAUUUACAAAAAGCCGGUAACUUUUCAAAAAUUUCUAUAAGAAAUCUGUAAUCCUCCAACCAGGAUUUCUGGAAAACCAGGGAAUUUGGGGAAAGUUACCGGAAUUUUGCAACCCUAAAUAUGUGUGUUGUAAUGGCCCCCAAAGCAACACCAAGCCCAAGCCUACUUCCUCUUCCAAAGGAGGCUUGUAGUGUGUGUGUGUGUGUGUGUGUGUGUUGGUUUCUUCUCAUGCUUGCCUGCCUGUGUGUUAAGUCCCUCUGCUCUGUGUGGUGCCACAUCUCUGACAUGCAAUGACUUUGGACACUUGUAUCAAUCUGGGAGCAAUCUGUCUGUGCUCUCGACCGUCCACUCGGCAUACAAACAAGGCUGCGUCCCAUAUGGCACCCUUUUCCCUAUCUAUUGCACUACUUUUUCCCAGGGCCCAACUAUGUCUUGCCCAAGGUAGUGCACUAUAAAGUAGAUAGCGUGCCACUUGGGACUCAACCUAAGGCCUCACUGCUGAGGUGAUCAAUGGAGCUUUCCCGUCGAAUAAUAUUUCAUCAACUUUGGUGUUACUCUCCACCUGACGACAUCCGGAGCAAGGCUGCUUUGGGGGGAAAUAAAAAUGUCUGCCAGUUAUAGAUUGUUCAUUUAAAGAAAAGAAGGAAGAGAGAAAGUGAUACUCUGCAAAAUGAAGCUCUUGAAGGAGUGACUGCUGGCUCUCUCCUUCUCUUUCCUUCUCUCUGUUUCUCUUCUCAUCUCCUGUGGUUGUAUAAGGUCAAGGGCCACUGCUCUUAACUGCUGGUGAAGUUUAUAUCCCUCUACAUCCAUCCUACUCCUUUUGGUAGCCCAAGGGUUUUGUACUCUUAGAUACUGCUGAGAUUUGUUGAUGGUGGUCCUGGUGUGUGUGUGUGAGUGUGCGCGUCUGUGUUUGAACACUACUGCCUGUGUGUGUGUGUGUGUGUGUGUGUGUGUGUGUUUGUGUGUAGUUUUGCGAGUGUGUGUGCACAGUCCCUGACCCUUUUGAAGUGAUGUCCCUGCCACGUGAGGUACACAGGGCCCCUCCAGGGAUUCCACAUCCAUUUGAAUUGUUUCUGCAGCACCUCCAUGGCAGUUUUAAUGCAUCUUUGACCUAGAUUCUGCAUCACAAUGUUUAGCGAGCGUGUGUGUGAUGUGAUGCGUGUCAGUCUUUCUGCUGUCAGCUGAAGAAACAUACUUGCUGUUGAUGGAGGGGAGGUAGACAGGAGGAAGAGGGGGAGAGAGAAGGAGUGGAGGAGGGGAAGAGAAGAGGAGGGGAGUGGAGGAGGUGUAGAGAGGAGGAGUGGAGGAAGGGUAGAGAGGAGUGGAGGAGGGGAAGAGAGGAAGAGUGGAGGGGUGGUGAGGGCGAGAGAGGAGUGAGGAGGGAAGAGAGAUGAGUGGAGGAGGGAGGAGGAAGGAGUGAGUUGAAGAGGAGCGGAGUGGAGGGGGGUUUGAUGUCGGGGUAAGGCGGAGGUGGGGGGGGUCGAGUGAGGAGGGGGGAAGGAGGGGAUGGGGGGCCUGAGGGGGUUCGAGAAGGGGUGGAGGAGGGAAGGAGGAGGAAUGGAGGAGGGGUAGAGUGGAGGAGGGGCUCGGGCGGCGGGAGAGAUCGUGGGUGGAGGAGGGGUAGAGAGGAGGAGUGGAGGAGGUGUAGAGAGGAGGAGUGAAGGAGGUGUGCGUUCCAUUUAUUAAAUAUUGACCUGGAGGUUGAGUGGGACAGGUAGGCUUUUAAAAGCCUGUGAAAAGCCGGGCAUACACCACAACUGAAAAUAUAAUCCAGGCAAAAUGCAAGGGAAGCCUUCUCCCUGACAUGUUAUAAUGUACAGUGGGGAAAAAAAGUAUUUAGUCAUUUACCAAUUGUGCAAGUUCUCCCACUUAAAAAGAUGAGAGAGGCAUGUAAUUUUCAUCAUAGGUACAUGUCAACUAUGACAGCCAAUUGAUGGAAAAAAAAUCCAGAAAAUCACAUUGUAGGAUUUUUUAUGAAUUUAUUUGCAAAUUAUGGUGGAAAAUAAGUAUUUGGUCACCUACAAACAAGCAAGAUUCUGGCUCUCACAGACCUGUAACUUCUUCUUUAAGAGGCUCCUCUGUCCUCCACUCGUUACCUGUAUUAAUGGCACCUGUUUGAACUUGUUAUCAGUAUAAAAGACACCUGUCCACAACCUCAAACAGUCACACUCCAAACUCCACUAUGGCCAAGACCAAAGAGCUGUAAAAGGACACCAGAAACAAAAUUGUAGAACUGCACCAGGCUGGGAUGACUGAAUCUGCAAUAGGUAAGCAGCUUGGUUUGAAGAAAUCAACUGUGGGAGCAAUUAUUAGGAAAUGGAAGACAUACAAGACCACUGAUAAUCUCCCUCGAUCUGGGGCUCCACGCAAGAUCUCACCCCGUGGGGUCAAAAUGAUCACAAGAACGGUGAGCAAAAAUCCCAGAACCACACGGGGGGACCUAGUGAAUGACCUGCAGAGAGCUGGGACCAAAGUAACAAAGCCUACCAUCAGUAACACACUACGCCGCCAGGGACUGAAAUCCUGCAGUGCCAGACGUGUCCCCCUGCUUAAGCCAGUACAUGUCCAGGCCCGUCUGAAGUUUGCUAGAGUGCAUUUGGAUGAUCCAGAAGAGGAUUGGGAGAAUGUCAUAUGGUCAGAUGAAACCAAAAUAGAACUUUUUGGUAAAAACUCAACUCGUCGUGUUUGGAGGACAAAGAAUGCUGAGUUGCAUCCAAAGAACACCAUACCUACUGUGAAGCAUGGGGGUGGAAACAUCAUGCUUUGGGGCUGUUUUUCUGCAAAGGGACCAGGACGACUGAUCCGUGUAAAGGAAAGAAUGAAUGGGGCCAUGUAUCGUGAGAUUUUGAGUGAAAACCUCCUUCCAUCAGCAAGGGCAUUGAAGAUGAAACGUGGUUGGGUCUUUCAGCAUGACAAUGAUCCCAAACACACCGCCCGGGCAACGAAGGAGUGGCUUCGUAAGAAGCAUUUCAAGGUCCUGGAGUGGCCUAGCCAGUCUCCAGAUCUCAGCCCCAUAGAAAAUCUUUAGAGGGAGUUAAAAGUCUGUGUUGCCCAGCGACAGCCCCAAAACAUCACUGCUCUAGAGGAGAUCUGCAUGGAGGAAUGGGCCAAAAUACCAGCAACAGAGUGUGACAACCUUGUGAAGACUUACAGAAAACGUUUGACCUGUGUCAUUGCCAACAAAGGGUAUAUAACAAAGUAUUGAGAAACUUUUGUUAUUGACCAAAUACUUAUUUUCCACCAUAAUUUGCAAAUAAAUUCAUUAAAAAUCCUACAAUGUGAUUUUCUGGAUUUUUUUUCCUCAUUUUGUCUGUCAUAGUUGGCGUGUACCUAUGAUGGAAAUUACAGGCCUCUCUCAUCUUUUUAAGUGGGAGAACUUGCACAAUUGGUGGCUGACUAAAUACUUUUUUCCCCACUGUAUUUUAGUGGAUACCUUGACAAGAUAGACUGAAUUAUAGCUUUGUUGGUUUUUAAUUUGAGCCACUUUGUGUUCUAACCUAUCCCCUAUCUUUUUUUGCUAGUACAGCGAGGACCCCUUUUUAAGCAAGAAAGACAAAGUAAAUCCUUCACCAUGAAUAAAAGGUCCACUAGUAUAAUUAUCUUAUUCUGACUCUUUCUGUGCCAUCAUUCUCUCUCUCUUUCGCUUGCCCAGUCUACCCUCUCUCUGCCAAUAACUAGGAAUUAAUCUGCUUCCAUCUAUAUUGAAUGGUCCUCUCUGGCCUUGAGUUACGCUUUUUUACAACUCUCUUUUAUGUCAAAUGUGGUGAUGUGUCAUGAUGGCCAGACCUUCGAGUCGAACACAAAUUAAUCAAAGUCUAGUCUAUAGUGAAUAGUCUGCUUAGGCUUUGUGAGGCACUAUCCUCCCUGACCCUGAUGUUGUUCAGUGGUGGCUGGUCAAACCCACUGUACUGUUUCUGUAACCGAGGUCCACUCUCCAGCUCCUUAAUUAGGCCAUUUUCUAGUACCGCCACACAGCAGGUCAGAGGUAAAAUCUCUUUGUCUGCAACAAACAAACCCACCGCUUAAUUAACAGAAUUGCCGACUCAUAGUUGCGUUUCCACCGUCUCUCUACACUCUCCUGUGCAGUAGCCUACGGUAGCCUAGCUAACGUAGCCUGCGGUUGGUGCUGGCAGUGGAGUAGUGAGACUAAGCGAGAUGACGUCCAAGGAACAGUGGGAGUAGGGGACGAUAAGGAAGGAUUCUUCUUCAGUGAUUAAAAAUAACCUUUACUGUCCUACAGAGAAGCUGUUAGCUGUGCCCUUUCAUUCCCCCUGCAAAUGCCAUUCCCAGACUGCAGGUCUAAUGAUGCUACAAUGGUUUCAAAGCAAUUACACCAUCUCCAAAUUGAUACCAAAUUAUUGGGCUGCGGCACUAAGAGGCCUGCCUGCCUGGUGGUGGUGCUAGUGUGGUGGGCAGGCAGGCACAGGCCUAUAUCAUUUAGACUCAUUAGCUUCUCUGAUUGUUAGCCCACAAACGAAGCCAGAAGAUGUUGGGUCUCCUUAAUGGGGCCUGGUCUGAGAACAGCGAACAGCUCUCCCCGGGUGCUUGAGCACAAACGACAGUCUCUUGAAGCGGUAGGACCAACCGCUGCCAGGUCGACCCCUACGCAGCCCCCUCUUUCUCAGCCCUCUCAUGUCUGCUAGCCCCUUUUGGUCCUUUAAAAACCUGUUGUAUGUCAAAUAUUGUAUGUUAUAGCUUGGAAAAUAAAUCAAUGUGACUCUGGAUGACAACAUAAUGAUGCAUGUUUCCAACAUUAGGGCUGUUUUCCUAAAGAAGUUAAAUCCGCUUCGUGUUUUGUUAACUUGCCACAAUACUAACGAGUAUUGCAAUACUGGUAUGGUCCCGGGCCUACUAGACAGGACUGCUCCACUGGAGCUCUGUUGGCCUAAUUCCAGGAGUGGGAGCAGCAGGAAUAAUGGGAGAGUGAUACUAGUGGGAGCCUUGUUUUCCACCCAGUCUUUCUCCCAGGGGGACUAGGUUGCAGGGAGCACUUUCUUCCGGAACACCCUCUGAGACGAGCAAUUUUUCCCCUUAACUUGUUUACUCAUUUUUCUGCUAUUUUCCGCGUGGGGCUAUGCAGUGAUGAGCCAGACUGCUCUGCAGGCGUACAGUAUGUGGGAGCGGUGUUUCCUCCAGACAGACGAGUGCACACACACACACACACACACACACACACACACACCAUCUCCACACACACAUAAACUCCACACACGCUGACUCCACACACACACAGUCAGUCUGCGCCAAUUAGGCUCCAGGAAAAGGCAGGUGAGACAGAAUGUUUUUCAUGACAACAAAAAAUAAUAUUCUGUCUUGAUCCUUUAAUGUAGCAUUGUACAGUUUAUCAGCAGAGGAUAAUUUACCCUUAAAGAACAAUGAAACAUUAAAAAUAAAGUCGAUCUGAUCCACAGUGACAGAGCCUAGCUGUAUCCGGUGUGAAUUAAAGAAAAACAGCGUAAGAUGUUUUUUUUUUUUUACAUCCUCUCUGUUUGUCAUUCCGAGGCUGUGUAGCGCUGAAUAUCCCACUUUGGUAAAAAUGUGUUGGAUUGAACAUGAAGCAAGGUCACAGAAGAGCUGUUUGGAAGCUCUGUUUAAUUUGUCAUUGGCAAAAUGUUUGAAUUUCUUCUCUCUCCCAAAGUUAGACUAUAUGCCACUACAGGUCUCCCCAUGUUGCUGUAAAGUCUUCUGAUAUGGUGCUGAGUGGUCAGUGUUGCUAUACCAGCAGAGUGUGUUGCUAUACCAGCAGAGUGUGUUGCUAUACCAGCAGAGUGUGUUGCUAUACUAGCAGACUGUGUUGCUAUACCAGCAGAGUGUGUUGCUAUACCAGCAGAGUGUGUUGCUAUACCAGCAGAGUGUGUUGCUAUACCAGCAGAGUGUGUUGCUAUACCAGCAGAGUGUGUUGCUAUACCAGCAGAGUGUGUUGCAAUACUAGCAGACUGUGUUGCUAUACCAGCAGAGUGUGUUGCUAUACCAGCAGAGUGUGUUGCUAUACCAGCAGAGUGUGUUGCAAUACUAGCAGACUGUGUUGCUAAACCAGCAGAGUGUGUUGCUAUACCAGCAGAGUGUGUUGCUAUACCAGCAGAGUGUGUUGCUAUACCAGCAGAGUGUGUUGCUAUACCAGCAGAGUGUGUUGCUAUACCAGCAGAGUGUGUUGCUAUACCAGCAGAGUGUGUUGCUAUACCAGCGGAGUGUGCUGCUAUACUAGCGGAGUGUAUUGCUAUAUCAGCA